AUGGACGCUCUGCGCCAGCAGGCCGCCAAGGCGGCCACUGCAUACCGGGACUGGGGCUCCCUCCACGCACGCUCUGCCGCGGGGCUGGCGACCGCGGUAAAUAUCCUCGGGCGCCUUCAGGCCCUGCAGGACGCGUCCCAUUUCGAGGCGCUGGGCUGCAGCAAGGAGGUCCAGGAGGAGGUCCUCGCGAAGCAGCUGCAGGCCCUCCAUGCUGCCUUAGCCAGCGUCCACGCGGCGUUGUCCGAGAUGCAGGCGCCAGUGAGGGAGCUUGAGCGCGCCGCCCUUGAGGCCGCCAAGCGCGGCGCCGCGAUGCCGCUCGCGGCGGCGGCGCAGCGGCGGGGGCCGGAGCCGUCGGCGGCGGAGGUGGUGGAGGCGCUGCAGGACGCCUGGCGGAUGUGCCGCGACGAGCUGGUGCUGAAGCAGACGGCCGUCGGGCUGGUCACCCUGGACGCGUCACCCGGUGACACUGCCGCGCUGCUGGCCUGCUAUGAAGCCCAGCCAAACAUCGACCAGCCGCGGCUGGAGGCGUUUUGGCAGCAGAUGGCGGAGACGGCGCCCAGGAAACCGCUGUGA